AUGGAGCCCCGCCGAUCAAAACGAGCAGGACGCCCUCGUCUGGACGCCAGCAGGGACGCUAUUCUCUCCGACGAUCGUCGCGCCCAGGUCCGUCGCGCCCAGCGCACAUACCGACUGAAGAAGGAGGCUUUUUUCCGAAAUGCAACUGCCAGAGCCGAGCAGCUUGAAGCAAGAAUGCGCACUGCCAUUGAAGAGGUAACCGGCCUGUCCGAGGCCGCCACAGAGGCGCAACUGCAUCUCUCUCAUCCGGAUAUCUAUGCGCGUCUGAACCGGCUUUAUGGAAUUGUAGCCGAUGGUUAUAAUCCCAUCGAGACCGAUGCCCCUGCCGAGCCAUCUCCAGAUUCAUCCGGUCAAGCGCCAGUGUUCAGCGCGCAUGCCGAAUCCCCCAGACAAUACCCACCUGCCCCUCCUCUACCAACCAGGCAGUGCACCUACGCAUUCCAAGAAGUGCGCCUCGCUCGUCGAUUACAGCGAUACUGCCUCGAGCACGCGUUUCGUCUCUUCACUGAGUUCCGGUCGGAUCCGCGUGAGUUUCAUCGCGUGUUCCGGCUCGUUCCCUGUGUGAGGGAUCGGGGAAAGACCCAACCGCGCUUCCAGCAGCUCUUGAUGGGUGGACGUACGGACCCUCUGGAGGUGUCGGGUCUACCGUUUUACAGCGUUGGCGGCGCGGGUACGCAUUUCCCGGAUGUUGAUGAGGAGGGGAAUGCGAUAUACCCAGUGAAUAGUCGGAUGCCACGGCGGGUUUUGGGGAUAUUGCCGUGGGCGGAGCUGGGAACCAAGGGAGGUGAAGAGGCACUGGAGGUCUAUGGGCUUGGAGGGGAGUGGUUUGAUAGUCGUGAUGUGGAGGGCUAUCUCAGGCUGCACGGGGUGGACGUAAACGGGGGUUUGUUUCCUACGCUGCGCAUAUCCAGUGGAGCAGCUGAGAGGGAUCGCACUCGGUCCUUUGUCUUGGAUGUCGAGGGUUUCUUUUCACGUGAGUUCUCCAUACUGCGCGAUUAUUCCUAUGCUCAUCGCUCCAGGACUCCUCUCUGGGCUUGUCAUCCUCGGCCGCGCACCUGGGUUUAG